AACUUGAGUAUGUUUUUUUAUGUGAAGCUGUAAUUUAAAAAAUGCUAAUUAUUGUAAUUGAAUAUUUCUGUGUUAGUUUUAAUUUUUGAAAUUUAAAAAAUUUAAAUAUGAAAGUACGUCAGAAAUUUGUGAGAAAUAAUUUUUUAUGUUCAGAGUCUUAUCAGUCUUGAUGUAACAGAAGUAAAAAUUGAAAUGACACUCAGCUAUUGGAUAGAGGACAGAAGACAUGUCGCAUGCAGUCUGCGCAAUCUCUUUCGUGUCAUUUAUUAUUUACCACCACUCGAGGUUCAAUUUUUUCCCUCUUAUUACGGCAGCCUAAAAUUAUCCAUACUUCAAUUUUACCAUUUCUAUGAUAAAUAAUUCUCUUUGUUCUAAUAAAUGUGAAGAUCGAAAUUUCUUCGAAAAUCUAAAUGUCGUUUCACCCACUACUUAGUUUAAUAAGAAAGAAAAAUAAAACGCAGAAGAAUUGAUGCAUUGUAAUAUGAACUUUCUUAGAUGUUUGAAAUUUCUUUGAUCUGAAAUAACUUUCAUCUUUUGCAAAAGUCGCAGUACUUCUACAUAGUCAUUAUUCUAUCGCGUACUAUUGAAAUGGAAAAGAAGACUAUAAAUGACCACACGUCCAUAAGACUUAUGCGUCUUUGUAUGAACGGAAUCGGUAUAUGGAGUAUCGAGAAACCGCGAGAUGAAAUAAUUUCAAAUAUUGUAAUAUUUUACACGGUCGCUACCUUAGUUGUCGGAUUAAUUGUCGAAACUACAGAUAUUUAUUACUGUUUAGGUGAUUUACGCGAAAUGUCUUAUGUUGCACCGUGUUUAUUAAAUGUAAUUGUUGAAUUAUUUCUGAUGGGCACAUUUAUAAUUAAUCGAAGUGAAGUUAUCGCUUUUAGUGAUUAUACAAUUCGUGAAUUUUGGAGUAUUCCUUACGUUGAUUCGGAACGUAAAGUAUUGGAUGAUUGUAAUAAAAAAAGUGUUAAAAUAAUUAUUGCUUUCAUCAUCGUAAUACAACUUGUUGUUUGGCAAUAUAUAACUAUUCCGAUAGUAGAAUCUUAUGGCAAAAAUGCAUCCGAAAGAACUUUACCUUAUAAUUUAUGGUUUACAUUUAUUCCAUUCAAAGAAACACCAUAUUACGAAAUAUGUUUUUUUUUACAAUCAGCUGCAACAUUAACUACUGGCGUUUGUGCAACGGCAUUUGCAACAUUUUUAUUUACAAUAAAUAUUUAUGCCACUGGACAAUUUAAAAUUUUACAACGACGAUUGGAAACGUCCUGUCAAGUUUACAAUAUUGAAAAAAUAAAAUCAGUUGAGCAAAUAAGUUUAAUAGCUGAAGAAUCUUAUGCUAAUCUUCGAAAGUGUGUUGAAUUACACAACGUACUGCUUCAAUACAUGACAAGAGUUGAAAAUCUUUAUUGUCAAAUAAUGUUAGUUGAAACACUGGCCUGUGUUUUUCUCAUUUGUUUAACUGGGUUUCAAAUAGUUCUGGGAGUUGAUAGUUCUAUUCUUCGGACAUCGCGGAGUGCUCUUUAUUUUUGCUGUUUAGUAACUCAAUUACUUUUGUAUUCUUGGUCAUGUCAUGAAAUAAUUAUCGAAAGUUUGGAAGUCGCUGAAGCGGCUUAUCGGGCUUAUUGGUACAGUUUAUCUUGGUCAAAGUAUGGAAAAUCAUUCAGACAAGCUUUGUUAAUUAUUAUUGCAAGAUCACGCAGACCAUGUGUUUUAACGGUCGGAAAAUUUGUUCCAAUGUCUCUCGAAACGUUUACUUCAGUUUUCAAUUCGGCUUUAUCGUAUUUUACGAUCUUACGACAAAUGGAUGAAGAAAUAGAAAAUUUUUUGCAAAAGUCUCGGCACUUCUCUGCAGUCAUUAUUCGAUCGCGUAUUACUGAAAUGGAAAAGAAGACUAUUAGCCACCACGCGUCGAUAAAACUUCUGAGUCUCUGUAUGAACGGAAUCGGUAUGUGGAGUAUCGCGAAACGGCGAGAUAAAAUUAUUUCAAAUAUGAUGAUAUUUUGGACUAUCGCUACUUUAAUUGUUGGACUUAUAAUCCAAGCGCCUGAUAUGUACUACAAUUUAGGAGAUUUACGCGAAAUGUCUUAUGUUGCACCGUGUUUAUUAAAUGUAAUUGUUGAAUUAUUUAUGAUGGCCAAAUUUAUAUUUAAUCGAAGUGAAGUUAUGGCUUUCAAUGCUUAUACAUAUCGUAAAUUUUGGAGUAUUCCUUACGUUAAUUCGGAACGUAAAAUAUUGGAUGAUUGUAAUAAAAUUAGUGUUAAAAUAAUUAUUGGUUACAUCAUCGUAGUACAACUUGUUGUUUGGCAAUAUAUAACUAUUCCGAUAGUAGAAUCUUAUGGCAAAAAUGCAUCCGAAAGAACUUUAAUUUAUAAUAUAUGGUAUACAUUUAUUCCAUUCAAAGAAACACCAUAUUACGAAAUAUGUUUUUUUUUACAAGCAAUUGCAACAAUAACGACUGGUGUUUGUGCAACGGCAUUUGCGAUAUUUUUAUUUACAAUAAAUAUUUAUGUCACUGGACAAUUUAAAAUUUUACAUCAACGGUUGGAAACGUCUUGUCAAGUUUACAAUAUUGAAAAAAUGAAAUCAGUUGAGCAAAUAAAUUUAUUAGCUGAAGAAUCUUAUGCUAAUCUUCGGAAGUGUGUUGAAUUACACCUUGUACUACUUCAAUACAUAACAAGAGUUGAAAAUCUAUAUUGUCCAAUAAUGUUAGUCGAAACGCUGUCCUGUGUUUUUCUCAUUUGUUUAACUGGGUUUCAAAUACUUCUGGGAGUUGAUAGUUCUAUUCUUCGGACAAUGCUAAGUGCUGUUUAUUUUGUCGGUUUACUAAUUCAGUUACUUUUGUAUUCUUGGUCAUGUCAUGAAAUAAUUAUCGAAAGCUUAGAAGUCGCUGAAGCGGCUUAUCGGGCUUAUUGGUACAGUUUAUCUUGGUCAAAAUAUGGAGAAUCAUGCAGACAAGCUUUGUUAAUUAUUAUUGCAAGAUCACGCAGACCAUGUGUUUUAACUGUCGGAAAAUUUGUCCCAAUGUCUCUUGAAACAUUCACUUCAGUUUUCAAUUCGGCUUUAUCCUAUUUUAUGAUCUUACGACAAAUGGAUGAAGAAAUAGAAAAUAAUUAA